AUGUCUCCGUUUAACAGCAGCCAUGGCACGCCCUCCGCCUUCCUCCUGCUGGGUAUCCCUGGCCUGGAAGCCUCCUACCACUGGCUCUCCAUUCCACUUUCGUCCAUGUACCUGAUGACGCUGCUGGGAAACGGCACUAUCCUGUACACUGUCAAAAGGGAGCCCAGUCUUCACAAGCCCAUGUACCUCUUCCUCUGCAUGCUGGCUGCCAUAGACCUGGUGCUGUCCACCUCCACCCUGCCCAAGAUGCUCUGCAUUGUCUGGUUCCAAGCUGGAGAAAUCGAGUUCAAUGCCUGCAUGGUCCAAAUGUUCUUCAUCCACUCCUUCUCCAUCAUGGAGUCAGCCGUGCUUGUGGCCAUGGCCUUUGACCGCUACGUGGCUAUUUGCAACCCCCUGAGAUAUGACUCCAUCCUAACCAAUCCCUUGUUGGCCAAGAUCGGGGUGGUGGUGGUCCUGAGGGGCACGGCCUUCAUCACCCCAAUCAUCAUUUUGGCUGCCCGUCUCCCGUACUGCCGGACGAAUGUCAUUCCUCACACUUACUGUGAGCACAUGGCUGUCGUGAAGCUGGCAUGCACCAGCAUCAUGGCCAACAUUGUGUACGGGCUGCUCGUGGCCCUCCUGGUGGUGGGGGUGGACUUGCUAUUCAUCACCAUGUCCUACUGCAUGAUUGCCAGGGCCGUCCUGGCUCUGCCCUCCAGAGACGCCCGCCACAAAGCCUUCAGCACCUGCGCGGCCCACGUGGUGGUCAUCCUGGUGUCCUACACCCCGGCUCUUUUCACCAUAUUAACACACAGGUUCGGGCAUCACGUGUUACCCCAUGUUCAUAUCCUUUUGGCCAACUUCUACCUCCUCUUCCCUCCCAUGCUGAACCCCAUCGUCUAUGGGGUGAAGACCAAGGAGAUCCGUGACCGAGUGAUCCACAUGGUCCUCAGCAGGAAGUGCCUUUCCUUCAGGAGCACCUCCUAA